AUGCCAGGAGUCGCCUCCUACGGGACAACGCAGUGGCAGCUGCCGGGAGAGGCAGCGGAGGACGCGCGGGCGGGGGUGCUCCUGGGCGAGGAGAAUUUUGUGCACGCGGUGCUCCUGGAGAAGCGGGAGUCCACCUGGCUGCCAAGGGCAUAAAAAGAAACCCGCUGUGCGCUGAAACUCCUGUGGGCUGACAGGGUAAACCCUGCGUGAUGUGCCGCGUCCUGGCGGCUCUAGGCUUUGGGGGGUCCCAGGAUAUUUACAGACCACGCACUUGUAACCCAGGGUGGGGUCGUUUUUUUCAUCCCUCAAGGCUGGUCAGC